AUGUCGGCUUCGGGUGAUUGGGGCCCGGCUCCAGCUGGAAUUGACCUCACAGAGGACCAGGACGGAGAAAUCCUGCGACCGGUCAUAGCCUUGAUGACUCUGGGCAUAAUCGCCGUAGCAAUCCGGCUGGUUGCCAGGUGUACGGCAGCACUGUGUAUCACGAGCAUUCCCUUUGGGGGCGGAAAGCACCUUUGGGUAGUAACCUUCUCCGAAUUCACUGUAUUGUGGAAGUUGGCAUAUUCAUUUGUCUUGAUCUACGCAACAACUGUGACAUUGACAAAGGCGUCAAUCUUGCUGUUUUACCGAAGAGUAUUCGGCAUCAACCUCGCACAUCGAAUUUGUAUGGGCCUGGUUCUCGGCUAUUGGGUCGCCAUCACCAUUGCCUGGGUUUCGGGCUGUCGACCUGCGAGUUAUUUCUGGGAGCAAUUCACCGAUCCUGACGCUGAAGGAACUUGUAUCAACACGUCCCUUUUCUAUUUCGUCAAUGGCAUCUGCGCCAUGUUGAUUGACAUUGCUAUUCUCUGCGUGCCAAUUCCUACCAUCCUCAAACUGCGAAUGCCAAAUAGUCAAAAGAUCGCCGUGGCAGGAAUCCUCCUUGUUGGCGCUUUUGUUUGCAUUGCCAGUAUCGUCAGAAUCUUCUAUAUGGACAAGUUGGUCAAGGCCCAAGACUUCACAUGGGCUAUGGCUCAGGUAUUCAUUUGGUCUUGUUGCGAACCCCUCGUCGGUAUCGUAUGCGCUUGCCUGCCGACAUUUGGCCCCCUUCUGCGACGAUGGUUCAGGACGGUCGCGUCAACAGCCGAAGUGAACAGCAAUUCCAACUCCUGGAAUCCAAACAAGCCUAGAAGCCAAUGGAAGCCAUAUCAUGGCGGCUUCAGGAUACGCCAAGACGACGAGCUGGAGCUGACUGUUGAUGUUUCUCACGGUAAUGCUCAGUUCGAGGGACAAGGAGGGACUGGCAUCCAUGUGCAGAACGAGUUCACCUGGGCCGAUGCCGAUGGAUCGGUGGGGUCACGUAAACAUUCCUGA